AUAUGGAGGAAUAUGGCUGAUGAGUGUGAAGGAUUCUCGUUUCUUUUCUCCAAACUCUGCGAGUUAUCUUUCCAAAACAAGGCAAAUAUAGGAUGGGAUAUCUACAGGCGUCCACGUUACACGGAUAAAAGGCAAAAGGCUUUGAAAGUUUGCCUCUACGAGACACUUUUCGAAGAACUUCGAGCUCCCUGGAUAAGUGAGCUAGUUCGUACUGGCGAUGGAGCUGAGGAGAAAGAUGGUUUACGAUUCAAUGUUUAUGAUAAACUGUCGAUCGCUGCAUUCAAACUGAGGCUGGCUAGAAGGUUUGAUGAUGUGGAGAAAUUGGAUCAUUUCGUUUGUCAGUGGAAGAAUUUGCAGGAGUCCCCAAGCAGUGCCAUCAAAUUUAACAGCACCAAACAGACAAGCACAACAGAGAAGGAAGCUGUAUUGAGAUUUCUUGUUGCUUUAACUGGAACAGGGCUUCAUGGGUCAACAUCAGUGCUUGGUCAUCAGGAUGACCUUUGGGCUAGAGGACCUUACCAGAUCCAAAAGACUUCUCUUCCAGAGGGACCUCUUCUUGUGACAGACAGUCAACUCCUGAGACAACAAGGUUUAGAAUUUGAACACUACAUCCAUUACUCAAGGGAGUUGUUUGAAUGCCUUCCAGUCCUUUCAGUUCCAGGAAGUGAUGCAUCAAAAGGCAAACACCACACUCAACUACAGAAUGCUAAUGAAGACCUGUAUGAAAAGAAUGGGUGUUCGUCGUUAUUCAGUGCUUUGGUUCAUAGCCACACUGAUGACUUACAAGUGAAAUUGGAUUUGCCUGACAUUCCAAGUAACUCCAGGACUCUGUACUCUUUAGCCCUGGAACGGAGAGAGAGUGCUGAUGAUGAAGGGUUUGAGUCUUUAGAGACAAGCUCUGAAUCUUCUCUUAACUCUGAGCAAUCCACCCAAGAGAAUACUGAUGUCUGGUCUGCAGCAUUAGCCUUGCCACCACAAAAGUUUUACACCUGGGAAAUGGAAGGAAAACGGGAACUUUUGCAUGAAAAGCCCUAUUUGACAGAAGCUGGUCCUGCUGUGUUUGAUGCACUGUAUGAUACAGUCAUUCGUCAAGUCUCGUACAUUGUCAAGUCUCCUACUUUAAACCAGGCUAACAUGGUCCCUUUACAAGCCCUGAUCAAGGAUUCCAUUAAUGUACUUAUUGGUGUGCCUUCUAGAACUUUUCAUCUUGAUAAGCCUGUGCAGUCGUUCAUCGUCAGUGAUCAGGUGCGUCUCUCUGGGACCUCACCAGAGAUGCUGCGUAACAUCUUGGCACGGCUGGCGGCGAUAGGAACAGAUUACAUCCAGCUCAACAAAUUUGCAACACAUCACCGUGGCCACUCAGCUGGUUUAGUUUUACAAGCUUUCCUAGGAGCUCUGCAGAGUUAUUUACAAUGCUACAGAGCAACAGUAUUGUCUGUAGAAGAUGUGAAAAAAGUGGGUGUCAAACUCCUAACAUACUUGUACCAGCUUUGCUUGGAGCACUCUAGUUCCCAGUCCUACUCCAUCCUGCUGUCUCUUCUAAAACACAGUGUGCAGCCGUACAUCAUAUUCAUCCAAACCUGGGUUUUUAAGGGGAUUUGUAAUGAUAUGUUUGGCGAGUUCAUGAUUGAAAUGGAUGAACAAUACUUAGCAUACAGAGGUAAAAGUCACUAUUUGUGUGAUCCAGGAAUUCCCCUUCCCAAGAUGGAGGUGACGUUUUCAAUGCAUCGACUCAGCAGAAUAGAAGCGGAAUGCAAACUUUACAUGACUGAGAUACAAAAAAUGCAUCGGCAACUUCAAGAGCAACGAGAAAAUGAGAGAAAAGUCAUUGAGGACGAAAGGGAACGCGAGAUUGUAGAGGAGCGUGAAAGGGCUGCAAAAGCGUUGGCGGAGAUUACAGAGCUUAUUCAGAAGGCGAAAGAGGCAGUUGAGGUGAAGAAGCGAGAAGACUUGAAUAUGUUAAAAGAACAAAUGGAGGAGGCGUUUAAGCAUAGAGCCUUAGCAAGAGAACAAGAGAAGGAAGAAGACAUUAAACGUUUACAAGAAGUGAAAGACAAGGAGGUUACUACAGCAACAGUUGAAGAUGAGAUGAAGAACAAGGCGAGGGAAGAGCUCAUCAAGUACUAUGAGGAACUCAGCCGCGAGGUGGAGUACCGAGAGUUUCGUGCCCAGUGGGACAUCCGCCGUCGGUUACUCGACUCUGCUAGAGCCCAGUUCCUGGUCCAGGAGCAGGCUCGGUUAGACAGCUUACAAGAGCAGUUGACACAAGCGUCUGGUACUAAGACCUUUGGUGAAAUUACUAAUGAAAGCGAUGUACGGCAUGAGAAAAAAUUCGAAGAAAAGUCUGUUUUCAAAGAAGAAAGAGCUUCUACACCCAUUUCAGCUCUGAGUCCAAGUCUUGUAUCUCUUAUAGCCAGUGGUGUAAAAACAGAUGCCUUGGUGAGAGCAGAGCACACGAACUUGGGCGAAAGGACGCAGUUCCACAGGGAGGAUGCAUCACAAGCUGAGGAAUCUGCUUUGGAAAACAAAGUCAGAAGGACUUGGGACAGCCCUGCCGAGAGUGCUGCCGAGCUAGGGAAGAUGAGUGAAGCAGGUUCGGGCAGAAAAACAUGGGAAGCCCCACCCGAUGGCGAGGUGAAGAUAGCUUCUUCUCUCCCGAAGAGUCAUCCUUCGGAUUCUUCCAUACAAUUUGCCAUGUAUAGCGACAAAGGAAAGGGUAGCGAAGAAAGCGAGACGCUAGGGUAUGGCUUGCAGGAAGGUGAUUUGAAAACGUGCGCUCCACACAUUGGUGAUUCAUCUUUGCAAAACGUUUUAUAUCCCAGUACUCCCUCAGAGUCGACAUCAGGCCUGGAUGCUGAGUCUGUGAACAUGGUAACCCGGCCUUCAGAUUUGAGUGCGCGAGGCCUUGCUGCGAGUCAUCCUUCGGAUUCUUCAGCCCAAGACGUUUUAUAUGGCAGCGCAACGGGAGACGCGUCUGAAGUUCGGACGCCGUCGGCACAAGGACAUCCAUCCGAUUCCACUGCCCAGCACCUCCUAAAAAGUGGUGCUAGCCAUGGAGAAACCAUUUCCGAGGCUCGCUCCUCCGAACAUGGACAUCCUAGUGACUCGUCUCUAAGCGGGUUGUUGUACCCCCAUGCUUUGAACACGCCCAAUUCCCAGACCCCUCGUCUCAUCCAACACGGCCACCCUUCAGAUUCCCAGGUAUCUUUUUCACACGGCGAUAGUGUAUCCCAAGUUAUCCAACACAGUUCCAGACAAAAUUGGCAACACCCUUCGGACGCAUCUAUUCAGAAACUUCUGGGAGACAUCGAUGUCUUGGGAGAGAGCCAAAAUACGACCCGUGGGAUCCCUCCCUCGAGCGUGGCUCAAGAUAUUCUCUAUCCUAAACCUGAUGGACAAUCAACGCCUUAUACUCCACACACCAGUCGUACCGCAUUGCAGAGUGAAGCACAGGAUAUUUUGUACCCAAUGGAGGAAGAUUCAGAACAAUCAGACAGACCGGUACACACCCGUGGAGCCCCUCCCCAAAGUGUUAUUCAGAACAUUAUGUACUCAAGUGGGGAGGGGGCAGUAGGAGAGGAGACGAGGCUAUCAACUCGUGGCCAGGAACCUGCCGGGAAGAUAAAGAAUAUUUUAUAUUACGUUAAAGAGAAAGAAGGAGAAGUAGACUUACAGCCACAAUUAAGGCAGUUGGAGUUUGAGGACGUUUGGUUAGCUUCCCAAGUGGAACCUCUUCAGGACAAGUUUGAUGUAUUGGUGAUACAAUUCAUAACCGUGUUUUUACGUGGCGUUGUUCUAUCAUAUUUAUCUUAUUUAGAAAUGGGAACCCUGGAUUUUCUAGAACUGCGGUACAGAGUAGAUUGGCCCCUUAAUAUAGUCAUCACAGAAAAGUCCGUCGUAAAAUACAACAAGAUAUUUUCCUUCAUGUUGCGGCUAAAACGUCUUUCUUGGGUCCUGCGUGAUAUUUGGUUUCAUUUGAAGCACGUUGCGAACUCUCGCAACGCGGCCGGCUCGCCUCAACUUCGUCAGCUGCAACUUUUCAGGCAUGAAAUGCAACACUUUGUACAUAAUCUCGAAGGAUACCUGUCAAACCAGAUUCUUAAUGUUACCUGGUCAGAGUUUCAAGAAGGACUUUUGAAUGUGAGAAGCUUGGACGACUUGCACAACCAACACUCGGACUACCUCCGAAAAGCCAUUUUCCGUUCCUUGCUCAGUCGUAAGGCUGCGCCUGUGAUGACCAUGAUUAGUGACCUGGGCACGCUUAUACUCAAACUGCGCACACAGCUGUUGGCGUCUCCGUGGCAACUAGACCCUGGCAGAGGGCACUUGACUCAUCCCGCUUAUGACAUCAUGUGUAAUACUCAUAAAGUGUUCAAAGAAUACUCUACCUUUCUCUUCACAGAUGACGCACUUGAUCCACAAGUCUUGCACAUAAUGACGUUUAAACGAAAAUGA